GUCAUCGUGAUAGUAAAAUAAAUGUGACAACGGCGGGUCUAACACACUGAUAGAAAUAUAAUAAAUUAAAUUUUUAGAAAAGUAUUUACAAUGGACGAAGAAGGAGAAAGUAUUUUGCUUGAAGAUAAUUAUUAUCAAUUAUUAAACGUGUCAAAAACGGCUUCAACGGAUGAAAUAAACAGUGCAUACCGCCGUUUCUCACGCAUGUUUCAUCCCGACAAACAUAGCACGGAUAGCAAAAAACAAAAAUGGGCUGAGCAGAUUUUUAACAAAGUGAAAGAAGCUUAUGAAGUACUGUCUGAUUCCCACAAGAGAGCUAUUUAUGAUACCUUAGGAAAACGUGGAUUAGAUGUGGAUGGAUGGGAGGUUAUCUUUAGGACUCGAACACCAAAGGAAAUUAGAGAUGAAUAUGAAAGGCUAAAACGGGAGAGAGAAGAACGACGGUUACAGCAAACUGCAAACCCACGUGGCAUUAUCACAUUGUCAAUAAAUGCAACAGAUAUGUUUGCAAAGUAUUAUGAUCAAUAUGAAAUUCUGGAUGACACAGCCUUAAUUCCCAACAUAGAAGUUUCCGGAAUGACGAUUCAGCAAUCCAUUGAUGCACCAGUAACACUAAGGAAUACAAUGACUUUGUCUGGAAAUAUUUCAACACAGAAUGGAAAUGGUACAGGAUCAGUGAAUGUGUCAAAUCGUCAUUUAAGUUCAGAAAAAGGUUGGACUGAAGUAGAAUGUGGUAUAGGAAAUGGACCUCUUCUGGGGCUCAAAGUUUUUCGAACAUUGUCUCGACUGAUGUUUCUAAAUUGUGGGACUGUACUGCAAUUUUCUUCGAGAGGGAUAGUGCCAAGUUUUGUUUCAACUAUGGCAUUACAGUUAGAUGCACAUUCAGUUGGAUACCUGACAUAUCGUGCAGGUGGUCAAAGUGGCUCAUCUAUGACAUCCAUGUAUGUCAGAGACUCGGAUAAAUACCAUACAAAUACUGCCCUGCAGAUUGGAAAUCCUCAUUCGUUCAUUUCUUUCAACGUGAUGAGGAAACUGCCACAGUUUGAUAUGAAAUUAAGAUUGGCUCUCAAAUUCGGUACAUUCGGUGCGUUAGUUGAAUAUGGUGCAGAAAAGAAAGUAUCACAGAAUAGUAGUGUUUCAGCUGCGGUUAUGGUUGGAGUUCCCACAGGAGUUGUACUCAAACUUAAGUGGAGCUGUUCCUCACAAACAAUAGUAGUGCCAAUGCAUCUUUGUGAUGAAGUAAUGCCAUCACCGGUGUUCUAUGCCACUGUUGUCCCAUUGGUGUCAUGGCUGGUCCUCAAGAAAAUGGUCCUGGAUCCUAUAGUUAAAGAACGCCAAGAAAGAGAAAGGCAAAGAUCUAUGGAAGCUAAUUUCGAAAGGUUACAAGAAAUGCAGCAACAAGCCCGAGCUACUGUAGAAUUGAUGCGUGAAACCUACUCGAGAAUCAAGAAUGAUGAGGAAAAGAAGAAAGGCUUGGUUAUAUUGCAAGCUUUGUAUGGAAAAUUACCUGCAGGUGCGGAUAGUCAUGAAGUAUCAACAGAUGAAGCGGGAGACGGUGACCAAGCAGAAACACCACAAGGAUAUUCCGAAGUUAUUGAAGUUACGAUACCUCUACAGUGCCUUGUUAAGGAUUCCAGGCUCGAGUUAUUAGAAGCUAGCAAGUCGGAAUUACCAGGAUUCUACGAUCCAUGUGUUAGUGAUGAUAAGCACCUCACUAUCAAAUAUUCUUACCACAAUAACCUCUAUAUUUGCACCAUUACUGAUCAACAAGCCGUUGUUUUGCCGCGCAAUAAUCAUCGAAUAAAAAAUAGAUCCUGAAAAUUAAAGUCGAGGUGCAAACGCUAGCACCAUUUUAACAACAAACGUAUGCAGCUUCUUCAAAAUUAUUAUUAUUUAUUUUUUAACUUGUGGUCUGAAACCAGUAUUUGUUUGUAAAGUGUGUUUUAUCACUCGUGUUGCAAAGUAACGGAGAUGUAUCUAUUUUUGAAUUGAUAUGAUAAUUGUUAUUUCUACAAAUAAAUAUGUACAAAUAUAGACUAACCAGGAAUAUGAAAAAACCCUCGCUCGUAUUGCAAAUAUGUGAAACUAAUUUCUUACAGUAUAUGAACAAAAAUAACGAACAGAAGUGCCUCUACCAGGAUUUUUAUAUUUCAGGUUAGUUUAUACUUUAUUUGUAUUAUAUUUAGUUAUCAAGUAAACCUCUACAAAGGUUGGGAAGUGCCUUUACGUUCACGUCAGCCAUGUUUAUAACAUAGGCAAGUAAAAGUAAAUUUUACGUACAAUUAACAAAGGUAUUCCAGUACAAAACUAUAUGGCUUACAGAUAUACUCAGAGUCGAUAGUUACGCCAGAGAGCCUGAGUGUAGAUUUAAGUGAGAAAUCUAAGUGUGACACGAAGUACAAUGUGAACUUAUAAACAUGUUAUUUUUCUAAGGGUAUUUAUUCCGGCAAUAAUAUGUAAUAAGUCCAGCAAUAUAUAAAUAAAUAUGGAAUUUUAUACUGAAUAUAAAUUGAUAACUAUGCCGUUAAAUAUUUUAUAGCUUAUAGUGCUUUUUAAAUUAACUGUUACUAUUCCAUUUUUAACGUAGUUUAUAUUGGCACAAAUAAAUAUAAAAAAGGUAGCAAUAAGCCAAUUUUAUUCUAUAUGAAGUAAAUUAUGAUAAUUUUGAUGAACACCAACUAUUUAUAAAUGUAUUGUCUGAGUAAAUUAAUUUGUAACUUUAUCAAUUGAGUUUUAUCGUAAGAUGGUAUUUUGUGUCGUUUAAUGUUAAAUUUUAAACAUAUUUUUAGAUGCUUGAGGCAUUGUAGCCGCAUUAAUUAGGAAAUUUAUAUAAAUAUAAUACUCAAAGGGUUUAGCGACUUUUUGAGCGUUUGUGUCACAGAAGUCACAGAUUAAA